AUUUUAAAGCUGUCCUAUUAUGUUUUAUUGGUUUUCUAUUUGUAAUGUCUGAUGUAACACAAAUCUCUUACUUUCCUUUUAAGGAGAAAGGGUGGUAGCAGAGAAAGAGGAGAAUUAGUAAACUAAAUGAGCUUUUACUUGCUGCAAUCAUUCAUGGCUAUUUUGAAAAAUGGGAAAUGUAAAGAAAUUAUUUGGAAAUAUAUCAGGGAUUCGGAAUGGAAGUGAUUAGUUUCAAAAUAUUAAGGUGAUUGUGAAGUUCUGCCUAAAUUGUCAAGGUGGCAGUCUUGUUUCACUAUAUGUAACUAAUUUCUAGAACUCCUCCUAUGCACAAAAUGCAAAUCUAUAUGAUAUUUUUUGCAGGCCAUCUGAAUGAUAUAAAAGAAGAAGUGAAACAAGACUGCCACAUGGUAACUUUGUACAUUUAUUUCUGUCUAUUUUUACUUGUAACUAUUGAAUGGGUUGUAGGUUGUCAUAUAAAAAAGAUCAAACAAAAUGAGUGCUUCAAAAGUUGGCAGAUGUGGAAGAAGAACAAGACCAAUGGUUGAUAAGAGUUCGACAUUUGAUUUGGCUGAUACAACAUGGAUCAGUAAGAUUCCAGAGUGUCCAGUAUAUCACCCAUCAGAACAGGAGUUUGAGCAUCCUUUAGUUUAUCUACAGAAGAUUGCUCCUGAGGCUUCAAAAUAUGGUAUAUGCAAAAUUGUUUCACCAAUUGCUGCCUCUAACCCAGCUGCUUUUGUCUUAACCAAAGAAGAAAAGGACUUCAAGUUUGAAACAAAUGUACAGCCUCUUAGGCUUUCUAAAUGGAAUGCUAAGGAUAUAAUAACGUUUCCUAUGAGAGGAAGAAAAUAUACAUAUCAUGAAUUUGAGGCUCUGGCAAACAAGGUCUUUUUACGCAGAUUUCGCAGUUCGGAAUGUUGUUCUUCUUCAUAUGUGGAAAAUGAGUUCUGGCAUGACAUGGUUCAUGGAGACAGAGGAACAGUUGAAUAUGGAGUCAACGUUGAGGGCAGUGCCUUUUCAAGUGAUCCCAAUGACAGGCUUGGAACAAGCAAAUGGAAUUUGAAGAAUUUCUCACGGCUACAAGAGUGCCCUUUGCGUUUAGUUGACAGGGAAAUUCCAGGAAUCACUGAUCCUAUGCUUUAUAUUGGGAUGUUGUUCAGUAUGUUUGCAUGGCAUGUAGAAGACCACUAUCUGUACAGCAUAAAUUAUAAUCACUCAGGAGCAAAUAAAACUUGGUAUGGUGUGCCUGGCUAUGCAGCCUCUCAAUUUGAAAAGAUUGUCUUAAACCAUGUGUAUUGCAAAAAGAUCUUAACAAAACAUGGAGAGGAUGGAGUUUUCCACUUUCUUGCACAUAAAACAACCAUGUUCCCUCCAAAUGUAUUGUUACAACAUGAUGUGACAGUUUACAAGGCUGUGCAGAAGCCAGGAGAGUUUGUCAUCACCUUUCCUAGAGCAUAUCAUGCUGGAUUUAGUCAUGGUUUCAACUGUGGAGAAGCUGUUAACUUUGCUAUUGCUGAUUGGUUUCCACUUGGGGCUGCAGCUAGCAAACGUUAUGCACAUCUAAGAAUGCUACCUAUAAUUCCAUAUGAGGAACUUCUCUGUAAAGAGGCAAUGGUGGUUUACAAGUACUCAAGAGCUAGAGGUUCAAAGAACAAACCUGAAGACAUAGCAUCUUAUGGUGCUAUUGUACACUCCUUCUUGCAGCUUAUGCAAUUUUAUAAGUCAUCCCUUUUAAGACUGAGAAGUUCAAGAAAGUUGUCAAGCUCUUCAUAUACAUCUGGUACUCUGAUAUGCAGUCUUUGUCAUAAGGAUUGUUAUGUAGCUUACUUGGAGUGCAAGUAUUGCUAUUCUCAUCCAAUUUGCCUUUACCAUGAUACUGCAUCACAGACUUGCUUAUGUGGGAGAAAAUAUACAAUUUUUAAGAUGAAUGAAAUGUUGGCAUUGGAAGAUGCUGUCAGAAGUUUUAAACAUGAGAAAGAAUGCACGGACACAUUAUCUCUAUCAAGCAUAUUCUCCUGUAAAAGAAAUGAAUCCAUCAAAGACCUCAAGCAAAAUAGUCCUUUGGAUGAAGAAAAGAUUACCAGAGGAAGUGCUAAUUCUCAAGGGGCAGCAUCUAAACUGAAAAGAAAGGUACCGGACAAAAGCGUCAAGAACAAUGUUAAAGAAUAAAGUGACAAUAAUGAAGCAUUACAGGAACAAUGCAUCUGCAUCAAUGAUGAGGACCAAAAGACCAAGAAUAAUUUAUAACUUGAGAAAAAGGGAACCAAAGUUGAUCAUAUGAGUUCCUGCAGUAUCUUUUGGUGGCAUCUAAGAAAUUAAAAGAUACAGAAUAGCCAAUAUUCAGAUUGAGGCAGAUUUCUGCUCCUCAUUCAUUUUAAAUGUAAGCUAUAUAUUUUGGAGUUGUAUACUGUAGAUUAACUUUAGCUUUUACUUUCUUUUCAUGGAGUUUUAUUAUUAUAACUUGUUAGGGGAAUAAACAGUAUGUUUAAACGUUCAUCCCAUUAUUCAGAAAUAUAAUGUACUGUACAUGGAUUGUAACAAUUAUUAUAUCUUGUCUCCUUUAACCAAUGCUUUUAGCAUAUAUGAUAUAUGUUUUAUCAAAGUUAAUACUUUCUGCAGUUAUUUGCCUUGAAUGAAGUGGUUGUAAAUUUAAGUAUUGAUUGCAGCAGGACUACAAAUUUCUUACUUUCACAUCAAAUAUCAUGCAUGGAGCAGAUAUCCAUGAUGCUUGGUAGAAAGGUCCAUUUCUCAGGUUGUCUAU